AUGAGACGAGGUGCACGUGCUUCCGCGUCAAGACGUGGUGCAUCUACACAUGCUCGUACACCGAGAUGUGGUGUUGGACGGUCACUUACGAGGACCCUGGAAUCUCUAGCAACGGAUUUGCCAGAGAUCCCUACUGGAGUUGAGCCUGUCGUCCAGAGGCAAACUCAUGAUACUGCGGAUGUGUCGGGCUCUCAGAUUCUGACAGCUUCGUUAGAGGUGCCCGCCCAUACAGUACAUGCAGUACCUCCUGCGGCAUACUCGACACCAUCGCCACGUGGACCUGCCGUGUACUCGGCACCAGCGACAUCUGCAUUUUCGAUGCCACCAUCUACCGUACCUUCAACUGCAGCCCCCUAUGCUGAUCCUGGAGUGCCACCAGCGGCAUCUGCCCCAGUUUAUGCAGCAGCACCGGGAAUUCCUUUCCCGGUCUAUCCAGUGGUACCACCUGUAGUACCAGCUCCGGUGGUUCCGGUUUCUGGUCACGGAGUUCAGCUCAGUCAGACAGGGACUCAGCGAGGAGGGCACAAAGCCCAAACUUCUCAUCGUCAGCAGAGGACAGUCCCCUCUGCAGCAGCUGCAUUUGGCAUGCUCGGACACGAGUAUCCCAGUGCUCGUAUAGUACCACAGAGCUCUGUUUCGGGACCACAGUAUCUGACUCAAGAGCAGUACCAGUUGCAGCCUCAGCCCCUACUUCAGUACCCAUAA